UAUUCGUUCUGUUUUGUUCAUUUCACUUAACCUAACCUAAAAGUUGAUGAGAGUCAAAAGAGUUCGAAAAUUCUGAAAAAAUACUGAAUUUAAAUGGAAUCAUUCACAAUAUUGCUAAAACCUGCACAAAGUAUCAUGUUGUCCAAUUACCUAAGAAAAAAUUGUUUCAAGAAUCAACGGGCAUUAUUGAGCCUUUCAGCCAAAGUCAAAAAGUUUCCUGAUGCCUUGAAAAUGAAUGCUUGGCAAAUACACAGUUAUGAAGAAGAUUUACAAUUAUCCUCUACUCGGAAACCAUUUCUUCGUUCAGUCGACAGUAUUCUAGUGAAAGUGGAGUCUGUAUCAGUAAACCCAAUUGAUUUAUACAUGAAAGAUGGUUAUGCAAGGAAUGUCCUGAAUGUAUUCAGAAAUGAUGAAAUGGAACUGCCCCUAACCUUAGGUAGGGAUUUUAGUGGCACCAUUGUUCGUAAAGGGUUAACAGUUGAUGAAAAAUAUAAGAUAGGAGAUAAGGUUUAUGGUUUCAUACCCUUACACAAGCAGGGUUCUUUUGCAGAAUAUGUUAUUGCUGAAAAUGGCCAUUUCCGACAUCAACCAGAUCAUCUCAGUCCUGCAGAAAGUGCUUCAAUGGUAUAUGCAUCUAUGACAGCAUGGUCUGCUUUAUUUGUAACAGCCGGCUUAGCACUAGGAUGUGGAAAGGACAAGAGGAUUUUGAUAUUAGGUGCUUCUGGGGGAGUUGGUACAAUGGCUGUUCAAUUAUUAAAGUCGCAAGGAGUUCAUGUAGCAGCAACUUGUGCAACAGAUGCAAUGUCCCUGGUUAGAUCGUUAGGAGCAGAUGAUGUUUUUGACUAUACUCAACCAGAUCAUAUUGAAAAAAUUUCUACAAAUAGGUAUGACAUUAUAUUGGAUUGUGCUAAAUUUGGAAUAGAUAGGGUACCAAAUGAAUGGAAAUUUGGGCAGUAUAUCACUUUGAAUUCACCACUUAUAUUGAAUACAGAUGAAUAUGGUCUAGUAGGUGGUUUGAUGAAAAGCACAAGCUCACUUCUGAGCCAGAAUAUCAUGAAACUGAAAGAUGGCAAAAGAGUAAAAUGGGGCUUCUUUAUUCCUAGCAAUAGUGGCUUUGAACUAAUCGAUCGUUUGGCAAAGAAUAAUCAGUUGAGACCUGUUAUACAUAAGGAAUUCUCUUUUGAACAACUUCCAACUGCAUUGAAUGAGGUAAAGAAAGGACAUCUAAGGGGGAAGGUUAUGAUAAAUAUAUAAUGAAUUUUUAUUUUUAAUGUUAUAGGAAUGUUUAUAAAUCUUAACUUCUGAGUUUAAAUUAUUU